UCCAAGUGGAGUUGCCGUACUUUUUCCUUCCGUGAAGGUUUUAGUUAACCACGCGCGUUUCGCGCAAUGAUUCUUUGCUUAUUCGUGUCUCGAAAGUACACAAGCCUCGACACGAGACGUUUCUAUCGCCAAUUUACUGGACUACGAUCGAAUCUACGUCAUGUGGCCUUCCGGAUAAACAACGCACGUGGACGCGUCCGUGGUUAUGCAAAUCUAGGCGCGUUUCUCCGACACCGACACGGCCCUUUUCCGUUUUACUGGACUCAAAGAUCAUUUUUCGGGAAUCUUCGAUUUGUCUCUUUUCAAAAACAAAUCCUGUAUUGUGUUGUUUGGCCACUGAGCACCAAAUUGGUAAAAGACUUUGAUUCUGGCUGUAAUUCCCAUUUUUGAAUCGUUGACAUAUUUCAUUCCGUAUAGCUCGAACGUGACUAGCCAGAUUGAAAUAUUUCUCUUGCACCUUUGCCAAGUAAAAAGUGAAUCACGGUCAUCGUUUGGUCUCCAACCAUUUGCGUCACUUUUGUCUUUCCUGUGUGGGGUGUCAUUGGAGAUAUCUACUAUUCAGCACUCAAUGUUAAAAGAGUCAGUUUAUGCUUUAAUGUUUGAAUUUAUAGCCCCACCCGCCCCUUGGCUCCACUUGUGCUAUUUCAUUUAAUCACGGUGUUUGUUUCUUCUUCUUCUUCUUCUUCGUCAAAUUGACUUUCUUCGCUAACGAUUGUUGAGUGAAUGCAAACGUUUAAUGACAACACGGCAACACGAACACACUCUUGCUGUGGCCCCCAGGCAUCUAUGGAACGCUUCCACCGGACAAAGUUUGUCCCAGCGAAGUUGCCGUACAACUUUAGCCGGAGCUCAAUUUUUGGACGUGUUUUUCUUAGGUUAACCGCAGUCCCAAUCCUCCCCGAAUACGAACUAAACACCUGGACGGAGUAGUUCCGGUCAUCUAACAUCGUUGAUUCCACUUUCGUGUCUGCACGAACUGGUCGGUCCCAGCGGACCUCGAAGCUUCUCGGCCUAGCUUAGUUUAGCUUGCUAGCCGCUAGCAAGGACACGCGUUUGUUUACAGCUCGCUAAAAAGAUGAGCAGGGAGUGUCAAGCGCUGUAAAUAUCGUGCGGAAAUGUGUGCGAAGCGUGUCAAACAAGAGUGCGACGAGGAAGUGAGCCAAGCAACAGGCGACAACGACAACGAGAGACAACAUCAAGUCCAGGAGGUUGUUUUUCAGAAGCCCCAAGUUGAUGCGGCACGCACAGCAGACGUGCGUCCUGAGAAGGAGGAGCGACACUCCCGUCACAUGAAGGAGGACGAGGAGGAAGAGGAGGAGCGCUCCCACUUCAAACGUGGAGAUGAGGCUGAUCCCUGCCAGGUCAAAGAGGAGGACGAGCUCCUCUACGUCAAAGAGGAAGAGGAGGAGGAAGAAAUCACCAAUUUGCCAUUGACGCUGGUCGCAUUGAAGAGUGAAGGCGAUGGCGACGAAGGUCGAAGGGACCGUCGGGCAAGCAACAGCUCAAGUCCAAACACAACAGAAGGGGAUGAGGACUUCAGCCUCUUGGCGCCAUUGUCAGAUAGCGACGACAAGAUGACACGCUCGCCUGACAUUGGUGACGGUCACCAACAAUCGAGGGGUGAUACCACGUGCCGCACCGACCACAAACGUUGGGCGUGUUCUCAGUGUGAGAAGACAUUUUGGUCAAAGUCGGGCUUGAAUCUUCACAGGAGGAUUCACUCUGGCGAGAAAUCUUUUGAUUGCUCAGUUUGUGGGAAAAUCUUCCCGACGCAGGCCCACUUGAGGCCGCACGCAAGAACACACACUGGCGAGAAACCCUUCGCUUGCUCAAUUUGCGCCCAAAGAUUCUCGGAAAACGGAAGCUUACGAAGACACAUGAGAACGCACACUGGGGAAAAACCUUACGCCUGCUCAGUUUGCGGUAAAGGUUUUGCGACUCAGGGAAAUUUAACAACCCACACAAGAACCCACACUGGCGAGAAGCCUUACGCUUGCUCGUUUUGUGGCCAAAGCUUCUCUGGACAGGGAAGCUUAAGAAGACAUUCCAGAAUACACACUGGCGAGAAACUUUUUUCCUGCUCAGUUUGUGGUAAAGCCUUUUCCACGAAAGGUAGUUUAAGAAGACACACAAGGGCGCACACUGGUGAGAAACCUUUCGCCUGUUCAGUUUGUGGGAUGAGAUUCAGUUGGAAGGCAUAUUUAAUCACACACAAGACAACACACACUGGUGAGAAACCUUUUGCUUGCUUAGUUUGCGGUAAAAGAUUCACACUGAAGCCAUAUUUAGUAAGGCACACAAGAACGCACACCGGGGAGAAACCUUUCGUCUGCUCAGUUUGCGGCACGUCAUUCUCCGACACGGGAAGCUUGAGAAGACACACCAAAAUCCACACUGGAGAGAAACCCUUUGGCUGUCCAGUCUGCGGGAAAAAAUUCACUCGCAAGAGAGAUUCAAUCAGGCACGCAAGAACACACACUGGGGAGAAGCCUUUUGACUGCUCGGUUUGUGCUAGGAGAUUUUCUUGUAAGCAUCAUGUUAAGACGCACAAGUGUGCUGGUGAGAAAAGCAGCAGUCAGGUACGCUUGAAACAAACUGAAGAAACCUGAUUCUUUGUGCUAAGAUGCAUUCCUGAAUAAAAUUCUUCAACCGGUGAUAGCGUAGCGUGCAGUAUAUUUUUUGAAGCUCUUCUACCACAGUUGUACAUUGACUUGAUUCUGGCGCAGGCAGUCUGGGUUCAAUUUCUACACCUCGACGACAUGAAUAUGAGCGUCAACGUUUGGUUGUCUGUCUUUCUACUACAUGCGAUUAGCAACUCACUUGGAACCGGCGCAAGAGAAAAUGGAUUGUGGAUGGAUACACAGUUCCAUCUUUGUCACGACAUGAAAAGACAUUUGCAUUAUUCCAUGUGGCCAAAG